GAUUGCCUCGGGUGUUUGUCGUCUUGUGAGACAAGCACAGCAGGACGAGGUGGUCCUAUUCGUCGGUAAUGCUCAUCACCCGGGCCUAUAUUUAACAUUUGAAUGAUAUCGCUCAGCUAGAGAGGCGUUUUCUCCGCCGCAUGCACACACACACAGGAGACUGCACUGCUCGCUACCGAGAAUAUGGACUUGCACAUACUGGACCACAGGCUACGGGUCACCAGCAUAUCCAAGAAUGGGCUGGUGAAUUUCACACACCCCCUGAUAAAACUGAUCUUUCUCCGGAACAGGACACGAUGCAAGUUUUUCAGUCUGACAGAGACACCGGAGAACUACACAGUUGUCCUUGAUGAGGAAGGAUUCAAAGAGCUCCAGCCCUCAGAGCACCUCCAGGUAGAAAGCUCCAUCUGGCUGCCGCUCAAUGUGGUCUCCAACGGCAACGCCUCCAGCAGCUCACAGGCUGUUGGUGUGACCAAGAUCGCCAAGUCGGUCAUAGCCCCUCUAGCCCAGCAGCACGUCUCCGUCUUCAUGCUCUCCACUUAUCAGACCGACUUUAUCCUGGUGAAAGAGAAAGACCUGUCUGUAGUCAUCAGCACUCUGGAGGAGGAGUUCAACAUCUACAAGGAGGUGGGAGGAGAGUCUGUCCCUGUGCAUUGCCAGGAUGUUUCCAGCGGCCUCCAGAAGAACGGCAAAGAAGCCAUUCACCCUACAGUUCACCCAGUGCUGAUCCCCCAGAACCAGUUCUGUGUCAUGUCUCUGGACCCGGACACGCUGCCAUCCAUCGCCACCACACUCAUCGACGUGCUCUUCUAUUCCAGCAGUCCUAAAGAGGACACACAGUCAUCUCCCAACCAGGACUUGGACUGCAUCAAGUUCUUCUCCUUCUCCCUCAUCGACGGCUACAUCUCCCUGGUGAUGGACACUGAGGCUCAGAGACAGUUUCCUGCUGACCUUCUGUUCACCAGCUCCUCUGGGGAGCUGUGGAGAAUGGUGCGUAUAGGGGGACAACCACUGGGCUUCGAUGAAUGUGGGAUAGUUGCCCAGAUAUCUCAGCCUCUCGCUGACAGCGACAUCUCUGCCUAUUACAUAAGCACCUUCAGUUUUGACCAUGCACUGGUCCCUGAGGAGGACAUAGUGAGCGUGACAGACAUGCUGCAGCAUCAGAGGAAAGAACCAGCUACCAGCUGAUUUCAGAAGCGUCAUUUGCAGACACCCCCCCACUCCAGCUCCAGUGGCUAGGGGUGGCAGAGCAGCAGGAAAGGAGGCUUACUCUGUGCCUCUGUCCCUCUGUGCAGUAUUAACUUCUAUGAACUUGCCAUGAACACCAGAAGCACUUCUUUGUGGUGUGCACAUAGUCUGUCUGUGGGGCCUCCUGUUGUAACCUUUCCGAGGCAGGAUGCACUGAGUCGCAGGAGGAGCCCACAAACCUUGCACAUACACAUCAAAAUCCACACUCCUAAACACAUACACAUCCAGACACACAUACACAUACACACCUGCACAUUCAAAUUCACAAGCACAAGGCCAGAUAUAUGAAAAUGUAUGCUAGACUCACUUUCUAAUACAGGACUUGAGAUCUUGUGGUGUACGAUCUGAAGUUGAAUUGUUCAUAACAUUAUUUUGCUCCAUACAGCAGAACAUACUCGCAUAUAUUUCGCCAGUGCUAUAAACACACAACUUAGUCUUCCAGUAAUGUUUAUAUCAUAACGCCAUGUGUCUAAACAACUUUUAAUCAAAGGCCAUUCGUAAGAAUUGCAAUUUUUUUUUGCAAGGCAGUUGUGUUAACAUUGAUCUUACAAUAAUUUUCUUGCAAAAGAAAACUGACAAUUUCAGUUUUUGACAACAGGGCUUACUCAGUGUGGUUUGAGAGGAAUGUGCAGGUAGUUCUAAUAUAUUAAAACUACUACAAAUGCAGUCAAACACGAGAGUAGGUUUGGUCAGUGUUUUUUUUUUUUUUUUUUGAUUGUUUCAUUAAUAGGUCAGCAGUCAGCAAUUCUUAACCAUAGCAUUACCAAGGUCAAUAACACUAUGUCUUAUUUUUUGUUAUUUGCACAAUAAACUUAGUUUAGCUAAUAUCACUUAGAUGUUUUCUUUGGUACAACUACAUUUUGUACAAUUUGAAGUAAGAGUAUUCUGUAAACAUUUGUAAUUUUUGUG